AUGGUUUCGAACAGUUUGCGUUGCAUAUCGUGCUCGACGAACGACACGCCCCUGUGGCGGGCGGGACCUACGGGUGCCAAGACACUGUGCAACGCUUGUGGGGUCAAGUGGAAGAAGGGGAAGCUUGCGCUUGUGAUCGACGGGGUGACCUACUCCUACGGAGAUUUGGCGGUGAACGCAACCCGUGGCAGUGCGGCACCCCGGGGUUUCGGAAAAGGCUUCGCGCAGGGUGCGUCCACGAACCGGCGACCGAUCGUGGACGGGGAAGAAACGUCUUCAGCACCGACAACAGAUGAGGUGCGCAAAGCAGCCGAUCGUGGAUCCGCUGCUGGGAGAAGUCGCCAGUUCGGCACUGGCGCUCAAAACAGUCGUAGUCGUGCGACACCUGCAACACUGAACCGCCGCAUCACGCAGCCUCAAGGGCGCGAGCGCUCGCUGGCCCGUAGCCGAAGCCAGACUAGGGUAUCUGUUCGCGGUGCGACGCAUACGCUUCCACGGAGCGCUUCCUGGGCACAGUUUGGAGAUGCUUCAUGGUCUCUCAGCGGCGUGGGUAAGCCGGGUCGCGGUCGGCGUCGCAGGGGCCCCAUCGUCAGCGGCGAGCAAGCUCGAUUCGGGAGACUCCAGCGCUCCGCAUCGGCAGUCAGUCUCGCACCGUUACACGAGUAUCAGCAGGCGGUACCGGGAGGGGACCAAUCAGAAACAACGUACGCAUCUGCGAGACUCCCAGCCAAUCUCUGGACUUGUUUUCCUUCAGAAGGGGACGAUGCCGAUGAAGGUGAGCACUCAUCGCCAAGGGAUCGCUGCCACAGCGUUGUCGUGGAUGACCAGGCGAAUACCACGAACUCUGGGGUGUCGAGCGAGCAUCGUCUGAUGGCGGAUCAGACGCUAUACGACAAUGUUGAGGAUGCCUGGCUGGGGGAGCGGAUGCCAAUGCUUUCAGCAUGGCCCCUGGCCAGCUCGGGUUACGGUGAAGUGAGCCAUCGCACGAUCGCCGCCGAAGAUAACGAAGACGAGCGGGUUGCGUCCACGGACGCAAACUUUGUGCUUGGCGAAUACCCCGGAUGGGAAAGCACGCACCGCAUGGAUCAAGAUUUAUCGCGCAUCUAUGCCGGAAACGUCGGGGAUCCUGCCUGUUCCGUUUUUUCGGUAUCGCAUGGAACGCAUCCACGCGAACAGGGGUUGAUGAGCGCUUCUGAAGAGGCUUUCAUGGUCGCCGCCGUCCACGGAUUCUGUGUUCAAGAGAACGAUCGUUCAUUCUGUACAAAUGCGUCCAAUCUGGAAUCGAGCGUUGUUGACAUGACGGACCCGUAUUCGCGGGUAUGCCUCAAGACAAGCGCGACGGCAACGGUUGAUCGGCGGUGCUCGCGAACCGAUUCUCAGGGCACUGAACCAGAGGAGGCCUGGUCACCUUUGUUUAUGGCGCCGGCAGCGCGCUCAGCAGCGCGGAAUCGCAGCGGCGAGCGCAUGCUCCAAGGAAAUCAUCUGGAAUGCACCGAGGCUGAGCAGAAGAGGGGAUCGCUGACGCAUUGCCAGCAGUUUGCGCAGCAAACACCCGGAAUACAAAAGGUUGUAGGGAGGACCAAUGCUUCUGCAUCCGCUGCAUCCGAAGCGUCGCAUCACCAGGGGGAUUUACCUCAUGCGCCGUCUGCAUUGUCAGUUGCAGAUGCUGUUGCUCACCCGCUGGCGGACGGCAGUGCGCCUGCCGCGUCGCUGUGGACGCACCCGUCCCUGCGGACCAACGGUGAGCGCCCCGUGUUGACCGAUCUUAAGGAGCUUGCGCCAACCGUUCGGGAAAUCAAACAUGCUGGACAGUUGCUUGCUUCGAUACCGCCACUUCCGCUGACGCGUGAAAUUCCGAGCAUCAGCAGAAUCAUUGCGCUGGUGCGCAAUGCGCAUCAGUCGCUGUCAAAGCUGUACGCCCUUGGUGUCUAUCGACUGGCUGCGUUAAUGGCUCGAUUUCCACCGGAUGUGUGCUGCGGCAUCGGCGAGGAGGCCUACAUUCGUGCCUUUGUGGCAGACCAGGCUUCAUGCUCAAUCUGCUCCGCACAGACUGCUGCUGCCGUGCACGGUAGGCUGGAUAUGCAACGAGCCCACUCCUUGGCCUUGCAGGGAUUCUACUAUGACCCGUGCGCUUACCGUCGGGCCGUUGCUGCGUUUCGGAACAUGUACGCUCUCAACGAACUGAAUACUUUUGCGAUCGACGAGUUCGUUCGUGUGUUCGCAUAUGAUACGCGGGUAGCGCUCGCGAAGCAUCGAACCGUGUGCCAACUGCACCCGGUACAUUCCUGCCACAGAGACUCUACGGCAACAGUCUCUAUGCAUCAGGAACGCAGCGUGGGCGCGAGCACUUCGGAAUCGUCAUCCUCAUCUGCACUGCGGACGCGGGCGUGA